GCCGAGGGGAGUAGGUCGGUUGCGCCGUAGUACGGUGGCUGUGAGAGCGAGGGUGACACACUCCCCCCCCCCCCCCCGAGAGGGUGGCUCAGGAGGAGGCAGCGGGAGGGGAUGGUGUGUAUCGCGGAGGCGGUGGCCGCUCCGGCUCCUCCGCCGCCCCCCGCCUUCGCCGUGGAUCUGACCAGGGCCCCCCGGCCCCCACAGAUAUGAGAAAACGGACUUCUCUUCAAGGUGGGAGAGGCAAUCCUUGCAGAAGGGAUGGAAGGACUUGACCUACUAGGGCCCCAUAAGACUGAUGGGUGAUCCCUGUGCUGUCCCUCGAUCUGUUCUUCCCUGUUGCCUUGCCAUCAACAGCAUCCCAGACUCCAGUGACAUGCUGUUUGAAUCCGUUUGGUUCCAGUGACAUAAAGAAAACACCUUGAACAGAGCAGCUGGGGAACUGCACAAGAAGUUGAAUGAAACAGUGCCAGCAAUAACAUCCUUAACACAUUAGUUAAAAAGAAACAUGCUGAUACUGACAGCCCAGAUAACAACUUUCUCAUGAAAGGCAUCUAUUAGCAAGCUAAAAGUGACUGAACCAUGGCUCAGUUUCCAUCACCUUUUGGGGGCAACCUGGAUAUCUGGGCCAUAACUGUGGAAGAGAGAGCUAAACAUGAUCAGCAGUUCCAUAGUCUGAAACCAACAUCUGGAUUUAUCACUGGUGAUCAAGCUAGAAACUUUUUUUUCCAAUCUGGGUUACCUCAACCGGUGUUAGCACAAAUAUGGGCACUGGCUGACAUGAACAACGAUGGGAGGAUGGACCAGAUGGAAUUUUCUAUUGCUAUGAAACUUAUCAAACUAAAACUACAAGGUUAUCAGCUCCCCUCUGUACUCCCUCCUGCCAUGAAGCAGCCUCCUAUUGCUAUUCCUGGUGCACCAGGGUUUGGUAUUGGGGGCAUUGUCAGCAUGCCAUCUCUUACAGCUGUAGCCCCAGUACCAAUGGCGUCCAUUCCAGUAGUAGGAAUGUCUCCACCUUUAGUAUCUUCUGUUCCUAAAGCAGCAGUGCCUCCCCUGGCUAAUGGAGCUCCUGCUGUUAUACAACCUCUGCCUGCUUUUGCUCAUCCUGCCACAUUGCCAAAGAGUUCUUCCUUUAGUAGAUCUGGACCUGGGUCACAGUUAAACGCAAAACUGCAAAAGGCACAAUCAUUUGAUGUGGCUAGUGUGCCUCCUGUAGCAGAAUGGGCUGUUCCUCAGUCAUCAAGACUGAAAUAUAGGCAGCUGUUCAAUAGCCAUGACAAAACUAUGAGUGGACACUUAACAGGUCCACAAGCAAGAACUAUCCUUAUGCAAUCAAGUUUACCACAGGCUCAGUUGGCUACAAUAUGGAAUCUUUCAGAUAUUGACCAAGAUGGAAAACUUACAGCAGAAGAGUUUAUUCUGGCUAUGCACUUAAUUGAUGUGGCCAUGUCUGGCCAACCAUUGCCACCUGUACUGCCUCCAGAAUAUAUUCCACCUUCAUUUAGAAGAGUACGCUCUGGCAGUGGCAUCUCUGUGAUCAGCUCAGUAUCUGUAGACCAAAGGUUGCCAGAAGAACCAGUGUUGGAAGAAGAACAGCAACAACUGGAAAAGAAAUUGCCAGUUACGUUUGAAGAUAAAAAACGUGAGAACUUUGAACGUGGCAAUCUGGAGCUCGAAAAGCGGAGGCAGGCCCUUCUGGAGCAGCAACGCAAAGAGCAAGAGCGUCUAGCACAACUGGAACGGGCGGAGCAGGAAAGGAAAGAACGUGAACGACAGGAGCAAGAACGUAAAAGACAACUGGAGCUAGAAAAGCAAUUAGAAAAACAACGCGAAUUGGAACGUCAGCGAGAAGAAGAAAGGCGGAAAGAAAUAGAAAGGCGUGAGGCUGCAAAAAGGGAACUUGAAAGGCAAAGACAACUUGAGUGGGAGCGUAAUCGUCGGCAAGAACUACUAAAUCAAAGAAACAAAGAACAAGAGGACAUAGUUGUGCUAAAGGCAAAGAAAAAGACUUUAGAAUUUGAGUUGGAAGCUCUAAAUGAUAAAAAACAUCAGCUGGAGGGAAAGCUUCAGGAUAUCAGGUGUCGAUUGUCUAUCCAAAGACAUGAAAUUGAGAGCACAAACAAAUCUAGAGAACUGAGAAUUGCAGAAAUUACACACUUGCAACAGCAAUUACAGGAGUCUCAGCAGAUGCUUGGAAGGUUGAUUCCAGAAAAACAGUUACUCAAUGACCAACUAAAACAAGUUCAGCAGAACAGUUUGCACAGAGAUUCUCUUCUUACUAUCAAAAGAGCCUUAGAAGCCAAGGAACUAGUACGCCAGCAGCUUCGAGACCAACUAGAUGAAGUAGAAAAAGAAACCAGAUCAAAACUUCAGGAGAUUGAUAUUUUCAAUAAUCAACUAAAGGAGCUGAGAGAGAUACAUAACAAGCAGCAGCUUCAGAAGCAAAAGAACUUAGAAGUUGAGAGGUUGAAACAGAAGGAGCAAGAGAGGAAGACAGUAGAACUGGAAAAGCAAAAAGAAACCCAAAGACGAAUCCAGGAAAGGGAUAAACAGUGGUUUGAUCGAGUGCAACAGGAGGAAGAGCGGCAAAAAAAACUUCAGGAAAAUGAAAAGCCAAAAAGGGAAGAAAUAAUCAAGAAGACAGACAGUGACGAUAAGGGCAAACAGGAAAUGCAAGAUAAACUGAAUAAACUUUUCCAUCAACAUCAGGAGCCAGCCAAGCCAGCCAUCCAGGCGCCCUGGUCAAGUGCAGAAAAAGCUCCACUAACUAUUUCUGCUCAGGAGGAUGUAAAAAUAGUAUAUUAUCGAGCGUUGUAUCCUUUUGAAGCCAGAAGCCAUGAUGAAAUCACUAUUCAGCCUGGUGACAUAGUCAUGGUGGAUGAAAGCCAGACUGGAGAACCUGGGUGGCUUGGAGGAGAACUGAAGGGAAAGACUGGAUGGUUCCCUGCAAACUAUGCAGAGAAAAUACCUGACAACGAAGUUCCAACCUCUGCAAAACCAGUAGUUGACACUACCGUUGCACCUAAAGUUUCUUUGCGUGAAACACCCCCAACUCCGGCAGCUCCAGCUUUGACAGAAUCUACUGCAACCACCAACAACUGGGCAGACUUCAGUUCAACGUGGCCGACCAGCACUAGUGAGAAACCAGAGACUGAUAAUUGGGAUGCUUGGGCAGCUCAACCUUCUCUGACUGUUCCAAGUGCAGGGCAGGUGAGGCAGAGAUCAGCCUUCACCCCAGCCACUGUUACCGGAUCAUCGCCUUCUCCUGUCUUGGGGCAGGGUGAAAAAGUAGAGGGCCUUCAAGCACAGGCCUUGUAUCCUUGGAGAGCCAAAAAAGACAACCACCUCAAUUUUAACAAAAAUGAUAUCAUCACAGUUCUGGAACAGCAAGACAUGUGGUGGUUUGGAGAGGUCCAAGGUCAAAAGGGAUGGUUUCCGAAAUCAUAUGUGAAACUCAUUUCAGGCCCCAUAAGAAAGUCGACAAGCAUGGAUUCUGGUUCUUCAGAAAGUCCUGCUAGUCUAAAGAGAGUAACAUCACCAGCAACUAAACCUGCUAUGUCAGGUGAAGAAUAUAUUGCCAUGUACACAUAUGAGAGUUCGGAACAAGGAGACUUAAUCUUUCAACAAGGAGAUAUGAUUCUUGUGACAAAAAAAGACGGUGACUGGUGGACAGGAACAUUGGGUGACAAAUCUGGAGUCUUUCCUUCUAAUUAUGUGAGACUGAAAGAUUCUGAGGUCCCUGGAACUGCUGGAAAAACGGGAAGUUUAGGGAAGAAACCUGAAAUUGCCCAAGUUAUUGCCUCUUACACAGCAACAGGACCUGAACAACUUACCCUUGCUCCUGGUCAACUGAUACUCAUCAGAAAGAAGAACCCAGGUGGCUGGUGGGAGGGAGAGCUCCAAGCACGAGGGAAAAAACGACAGAUAGGAUGGUUCCCUGCUAACUAUGUAAAACUUUUAAGUCCUGGUACCAGUAAAACUACGCCAACUGAGCCACCUAAAUCAACAGUAUUACCUUCCGUGUGCCAAGUAAUUGGCAUGUAUGACUACACUGCACAGAAUGAUGAUGAACUGGCAUUCAACAAAGGCCAGAUCAUAAACGUCCUGAACAAGGACGACCCAGAUUGGUGGAAAGGAGAAGUGAAUGGACAAGUGGGUCUCUUCCCAUCCAAUUAUGUGAAACUGACAACAGACAUGGACCCAAGCCAGCAAUGGUGUGCUGACUUACACCUCCUGGACAUGUUGACACCUACUGAAAGGAAAAGGCAGGGAUACAUCCACGAACUGAUCGUAACAGAAGAGAACUAUGUAAAUGACCUGCAGUUAGUCACAGAGAUCUUCCAGAAACCACUGAUGGAGUCUGAGCUGCUAACAGAAAAAGAGGUUGCUAUGAUUUUUGUUAAUUGGAAGGAGCUGAUUAUGUGCAAUAUCAAACUACUGAAAGCGCUGCGUGUUCGUAAAAAGAUGUCUGGGGAGAGGAUGCCAGUGAAAAUGAUUGGCGACAUACUGACAGCACAGCUGCCACACAUGCAACCUUACAUCCGGUUCUGCAGCUGCCAGCUCAAUGGGGCAGCACUAAUCCAGCAGAAAACAGAUGAAGUCCCAGAGUUCAAGGAGUUUGUUAAAAGGUUAGCAAUGGAUCCUCGCUGUAAAGGAAUGCCGCUGUCAAGUUUUCUGCUGAAGCCUAUGCAAAGGGUAACAAGAUACCCACUAAUAAUUAAAAAUAUAAUAGAAAACACUCCUGAAAAUCACCCUGACCACAGUCACUUGAAGCAUGCUCUGGAGAAAGCGGAAGAAUUGUGUUCCCAAGUAAAUGAAGGGGUGCGUGAGAAGGAAAAUUCAGACAGGCUGGAAUGGAUCCAGGCUCACGUUCAACGUGAAGGCCUGUCUGAGCAACUCGUCUUUAAUUCUGUUACAAACUGCUUGGGACCACGCAAGUUUCUGCACAGUGGGAAACUCUACAAAGCCAAGAGCAACAAGGAACUGUAUGGUUUUCUGUUCAAUGAUUUCCUCCUGCUAACUCAGAUCAUAAAGCCUCUUGGUUCCUCUGGUACAGACAAGGUCUUCAGCCCCAAAUCGAAUCUGCAGUAUAAAAUGUAUAAAACUCCCAUUUUUCUAAAUGAGGUACUAGUAAAAUUACCCACAGACCCUUCUGGAGAUGAGCCCAUCUUCCAUAUCUCCCACAUUGAUAGAGUCUACACACUUCGUGCGGAAAGCAUAAAUGAAAGGACUGCCUGGGUUCAGAAAAUUAAAGCUGCUUCUGAACUUUACAUAGAGACUGAGAAGAAGAAGAGGGAAAAGGCCUACUUAGUUCGCUCCCAAAGGGCAACAGGCAUUGGAAGGUUGAUGGUGAACAUUGUGGAAGGCAUUGAACUAAAACCCUGCAGGUCACAUGGAAAGAGUAACCCAUACUGUGAGGUGACAAUGGGCUCUCAGUGUCACAUCACCAAGACUAUGCAGGACACUCUCAACCCUAAAUGGAACUCUAACUGCCAAUUCUUUAUCAAAGAUCUGGAGCAGGAUGUACUCUGCAUAACCGUGUUUGAGAGGGAUCAGUUCUCCCCAGACGACUUUUUGGGCCGAACUGAAAUCCGUGUGGCAGACAUUAAGAAGGAUCAGGGCUCAAAGGGACCAGUUACAAAGUGUCUCCUCCUGCAUGAAGUCCCAACAGGAGAGAUUGUAGUCCGACUAGAUCUGCAAUUGUUUGAUGAACCUUAGAGGAAAAUGCACCAGUGUUUCACUUUAAUCUGAGUUCACUGCAAUAGGUGUCUGCAGAAGCUGUCUGUCUAGAAAUCCUUAUUCCUUUUAUAUGAAACUACUGCUUGUUCUUUAUGUGCAAGGGGGUUAUCAAAGCAAACAGGAAAAUCUAUGUGCCUUGAUAAUCCUUGCUGAAAAUUGAAUCCCAGUUUUGGGAGUAGAUCUCUGUCUCUGUGUGGAACUUCAUUAUAGUUUUCAGGGUUUCUGAAGUAACAUAGUCGUAACUUGUACUCCAAGCUGAAAGGUGAACAAACCAUGUAGGUUGUUGCACUUACUCCAGUUACUGUAAUGUUUAAUUUAAAUGAAGAGGGCACUGAUUGUAUGUUUGAAGGCUUUCUGUAAACUUCCCCAUAGGAAUUUUGUGCCUAUUGCCCCACAAAGUGGUGUAUAAACAUGACAUGAAUGAACACUUACCAGGUAAGAAGAUCUCUGAUUUUCUUUAGGAUUGUUAUGGUGGUAUUUGAAAUGUUGUUGUUUUUACGUAUAUAAAUAUAUAUAUAAACACAGAAGGUACCAUUAUUGCACUCUCAAAAUAAGGUUUAAAAGAAACUUAAACAGCGCACAGGCCUUGUGCUAGCGCUCUCCACAGCAGUGAAUUUCACCCUAACAGAGUACCAUCAUUUCCUGGAGGGUUGUAAAUGUUUAAACAAAUAAGUGAAGGAGAUAGAAUGUUGUACUGUACCACUUCUUUACUACUGCUGCUUAAUUGUGUGAAAGCUGAUGAAUGAUCAAGUCACCAGCUCUGACAAGAAAUCACUGCUCUAGCUCAGGAAGCUAAUUUCUACCCUGUAGAGUCUAGUUUGCAAAGCAAUCAGUGGUGACUGGUUAUGAAAUUGUACUGUGCCUAAACAUAUUUGACAUCUUGGUUUUGAAAUCAGGACAGUAGCGUACUGUAGCUCACAAAAGGCGUUCAUUGCAAACCAGGUUCAUUCCGAGUUUGUUGGCUAUAUUAGAUGUGACCAAAAAAAAAAAAAAAUCUUUGUUUGUGAUUGUGCAGAGUGACCCCAAAGUAAAAGGGGUCUUGUUGUCAUCUUGGGGGCAGGGCAGAGAUUGACACACACAACUCCCCACACAUAUAUAGGCCCUAAUUCAGCAAACCUUCCCUGUUCAGCAAAGAACCUAACUUUACAUAUGUGCUUAAGUCCCAUUUACUUUAAGCAUAUGCUCAAUUGCUUUUCUGAGUUGGGACCUCCAAGGACAAUAGAGCCCCAUAAGAGAGUAAAGUCCACCAUUGUUCUGCUUAGAGUCCUUCUGUUCAUUACCUAGGUAUCAUGCAUAAACUGGUAUUUUUGUAAUGACUUUAUUUCAGAAUGAGCUGUCAACCCCUUCAUUGGCAUGUUAAUGUUCUUGUGGAGCUUGUUGGUAGGUUUUGAUGUUCUUUGCAUGUCGUUUUGGUACUAGUUCCCACCUUUCCUGUAUAGACGGUGUUCUCUGGAGAGCACUACAAGUCUUCAUGAUUUCCAUUAGGAAAUUAGGAUAUCUUCAUAAUGGAUAGCUAGAUACAGUAUGGUAAUAAGUGUAAACUGUGCUGGGAAAUGUCUGUGUGUUAUAAUUUCCUUCAAGACCACUGUAAUGUUUCAAGAAAUUGAAAAACAAAAUCCUGUAUGUUGGAAGGACAACGAAGUUUACAUUUCAUACUUUUAAAAAUCUCUUUAUUAUUUAUUUAUUGACGAUAAUGUAGAAUUUUGUAUCAGAAAUGACAGACAUUCGUAUGUAUUUUUUGAACAAAACAGAGAUACACACUUUAGUUAGAAACUGUCAACUGACCAAGUUUUAGAGGAAGUUUAACUUCAAGGCAUGCAUUUGUUUACCACUAACUGGCUGAAAACACAAUUAAAAGAACUUUAAGUUUCUAUUUUUCAAUGUUGUUAAGAAAAAUGUUUCAAUUAAAAUCUGUAAAUAGAACUAAACCCAUGGUUUCCUAUUUCCAUAUCAGUACAUUUUAUUAAAUAUAAUGUAUAUGAAAAUACACAUUGUUGUGGUAGGAAAAAAAGUGAUAAAAUCUAUUAAUGGAGUAACAUUAAAUGUCAUUGUUCUAACCUUUUUACUGCUGUCCUAAUUUUACUCACCAGCUGUAAGUAAGUUCAAUGUUCUAAUUCAUGGUUUACAAAGUAGUUACACUUGCAAGGUCACUUUUAAAGGGCUCUUAUCACCCAGCAUGAAUUCCUGUGACAAAAUUGGAACAUCUUGGGUUUAAAGAAAAAUCUAAGCUAUGAUUUUGAAAGGACCCUAAGGGAGGUACUCAAAUUCUGUUGAAAUUCAAUAGGAGUUGGACACUUAACUUCUAUAGGUUUCUAUGAAAAUGCCAGCCCUAAUCUCUAACAUGACCGAUCACAUCUUAUUUUGUAAUUGUAACAGGUCUGAGAGCUUGUCUGGCUAAUAUCACUUGUCUCAAACAAUAGCCUAACCUUGAGGCACAGGGAUGUGUGCAUCUAAUCCAUAUUAAUGCAAAUUGGAGACAUAUAAAGAUGAUGAUGGGGUGAAGCAUGGGGGUUCACCAACACCUCUCUCCCUUAAUCACAUGGGCUACAAGAACCUAAUCCUAAAUCCCUGUGCAUCAAGGUUACCAAGUUCCUUUACUGUGCAUCGAGAUAUCCCUUUUCUUUUUCUCUCCCUGUCAUGCUCUGGGGUGCAGUUCAGACCAGUGAGAGAUAGUGUCACUGCUUAUAUUAUAACCCUGAGUUCCCCAAAAUGCUUCUGCUACUUUUGGCUCCCAGCCUGAGAGACACGCAUGCAGCCAGCAUGCACUUUGUGUGAUAUACAGCUGUGAUUCAGCCACUUUGAAUCCAACAGCCAGCCAGCAGUUAUCACAGCCACACUUUUGUCUUUCCCAGACUUGGUUAAGGUUAGCAGAUGACCCCAACAGACCUCCAGUCCCAAACUUCCCCAAAGCCAUGUGCUCUGAAAUGUUCAGCCCUCUCCUGCAACAUUCAGAGGAAUAAUAGAGUCCGCUUUUUCCUUUAAAGAGACAAUCCCAAACCACUUGCUACGUUAAUUGGAGUUAACGUUCACUUUAAUUCAAACACAGCAUUGCUUGUUUGGAUUAAUGGUGAAACAAGUUGAUAAACAAAAGAAGAGGAUUUUAAGUAAGUUCAAGUACAAGAAAUAAAGUUAGAAAUAGUUACAAGCAAAUAAAAGUGAAAACACAUCUAAAAGUCUAAAACAACCUGGCAAGGUACAGGCUUUGCUCAAGAUGGCUUCAGACACAGAGACACACAGGGAGACAGACACACUCACACAAAAUCUUUCUUCUUCCAGCCAUGGCUGACUCUCCCUCAGUCAGGACCUUACAACGAAGUAUAAAGUGCUGGCUUAAUUUGUCUUCCUAGUUGAAAAAUCUUUGCCUAAGCAGGUCUGUCACCUAUGUUUAGUCUCCAGAGACUUCAACCCACCACCCUGGAUUGCAAGAUGCAUCUUCCUCAGCUUGCAAGAGCUCUGUUCCCAUGUGUCGGUCUAGUGAUAGACGCCAAAAAUGGCUUCUGUCUUUACAUAUAUCUUCCAUUGUUUCAAGAGGCAGGAUGACCUCAGGUUGCUCUUCCCUUCCUGUGGGCUUCCCAUCCCCCUGUGUGUAAAUGUUUUGAUUGCACCAUCCUUAAUUUACAUUGGAAAUGGUAAAUAGCUGCCUUCUCUCCUGUCUUGGGGGGAACCUGUUUUUCCCUGUUUGGCCACAGACUUUAAAGCUUAAAUAUUAUAAGUAUCCAUAUUUCCUCAUAUAGUGUUAAUACAUACAUUUCACAAUAUUAAUCACCAGUGUUGUGUUAGCUUUCAGAAAAGAUCUCUGGAUACAUUUUUACAAUACAGUAAUAUUGGACACAGUCAGUUGAUUCAAUUGCUUAUCACUUAAGCCCCCCCACACCUGUCUUUAUAGACCAGUAAACCUUUGAAAUGGAUUCUUCCCAGACUUACCCCUCAAAGUAAAGUUUAUUCAAGUUGUGAGGAAGGCAACAUGGCAUUGGUGGUGAAGGAAGUUCCGUGUCCUUUCUUCCUCCACUUUUUAAGCUUAAUAGCUUUGUUUACCUAAUACAUAAAAAUGGACCUUCAUUGUCUUUGCCUGAAGACUGGGCUGGUCAGAGAAUCAAAUAUGCAUUCCUUUAUCUAAGGCAGACCUGUUUACCAACUCCCCCGACAUGCCUGGUUUAACCACACUUUAGUCAUAAUUCCAGCGUAUAUUUGUAACUCUUAAUACUCACUGUGUACAUAUAUUUACAAGAAUAUUAAUGAUCGGCAAGUUAUCAGUUUUCAAAUGAUACCCCACAAGGCAUAUUUUGUACAGAGAUUAUUAUAAUGGUGUGUUGGGUGUGAAUACAGGGGAGCUUAGUGCCACACUCCCAUUCACACUAAAUAGUCUGUAAUCCAGUGGUACUGUCAGCUUCUGAAACGGAAUUGUUUUAAGAGGGUUAACCAAAAGCCCUAAACAUCUAUAGAUAUUGAUCAGUAAUUAUCCAUUUUUCCCUAUUCAGGAAUUAGACAACCUUCCACAUUGUUUGUAAUGAUUCUAUGGCUGCACGGGACUUCACGCUUGUCUGCUAUUCUACAUGGCAUGACUGCACAGCUCUCCAGUCAUCAAGGAUUUUAUGCUCCCAAAGCACAAACCUCUGUCACUUAAGGUAAACGAGAGUCUCUGUUGGCUGGAGUACUAUUAGGGCUUGCCCUAGAGAACAAUAUAGUCACACAGACAUUUGAUUAAGACUGACAUUCUGUCUAGUAGGGGGAUAAGAGACACAUUGAUUGUAGCCAGUCCCUUACAUUGUAUGGAAAAUAAUUACUGUACAAAUAUUCCCUUAUUGUAUUUACAGAGUAGGCUGGCAGUACCAUGAUAUUUGAAUAUUGACCGGUAAUCUUAGAAGGGCAAUAUUGCAUCAUGCAGUGCCACCUUAGUCUGUGCUAUUUUCAACACUUAAUAUUUAUAUUUCAAUAGCACCCAGAGGUCCCAGUUGUGAUGAGGGCCCAUUGUGCCAGGCACUGUACAAACACAGGUGGACGUAAGCCCUUUAAGGCAGGGAUUCUAGUCUAAGGCCCCAAUCCUACAAUAUGAUAAAUGUGGGCAGACUGCUGCUGACUUCACUAGCACUCCUGAUGGGUGUCUGUGACCCCUGACGCAGGUCAGAUUCUAGGAUGGGGUCCUGCAAAGGUUUCUUUGAACUACGUGCUUUUGAUUUUGUAUUGCGCCUGAGGAAUUUUGCCUUUUUCGUUGAUGAGUCUUCAAAGAGACUUCAAACCUGUAGUGGAAUCAUGGCAUUCAAGCCUAUCGUGCAAAAUAGUUUACUCUAAGUUCACAGCACCAGCGGAGAGAUUUCAUGAAAGUAACACAGAGCCUCCUGUGCCCCACAGAUGCCUAUUCCAGUAACUCAAGAGGAAUUCAAACUGUUGUGCCUCUUCAUGCCGUGUUUGGUGCUCUCAGCUGCCCCUUCUCCUGCACCGAGUCUGGGGCUCUGCCCAGCCAUAUGCAUGAUGGCAAAGAUUCCACUCUGCAAGCUUCUGAAGUGCUCUGACAGUGAGCUGUUCUCUGUAUAAUGGACUUGUCCGCUCCCAAUAUCAGGGGGAGUCAUAUUCACGAGAGAUUUGCUUCUGCCCGCCCCAGUUACUGGAGUUGUGAUAAAUCUCUCACCCCUAGACAUGGGGAACAGGCAUGUCAGCCUGCCAGUUGAAGAUCUUGAAUCUUUAGCGCACUAGACAGAACUAUCCCCAUCCUUAGCGUUCUUUGCUCAGGCAUUGAAGCUCCUACUCCUUCACUGCCAUCCCCCAGGGACAGUGAGGUCUCUCCUACUGUCCUACCCACACCACAACAGGUGGAAAGUCUCACACUUCCUGUCCACUUCCCCUUGGUCACAACUUCCAGUUUCCUGCUUCUUAACAGCCAGAAACCCUACUUCCUACCUGGUCCCUCCAGAGACUCCUGGAGUUAUACACAUGGCAUUAUUCAGUGCCCUCAGGCUUAAACAGAAACAGACCCUCAGACAUUUAAAAAAAAAAAAAAAGAAAGAAAAACAAUUGGCAGCACUACGUCUUCCAAGGAGCUUAACCUCGGAGGCGCUCACCUAGCCAAAACCCAUUGACUUCAGUGGGAGUUGCAAGGGCUCAGUGCCUCUCAGAAUCAGACCCUAGAAAAACAGAGCUCAUGUGUCUGAGGCGUGUGGCAUGGCUCUGCAUCAUGCAAUUUCUAUAUAUCAGCACAAGCUCGCUGAUCUCUUGUCAAAUCAGCUAGCCUGGGGCAGGAUCAGUUCACUGACUCCUGCAUCCACUCACACCUGCAGGUACAGGUACUGCACGGGACUUCUGAAUGUGCAGAGACCCAAAUUACAGCAUGUUGGAAAAAACUGUAUUGUAAUUCAAGCCUGAGAGCAAAAUGGCAUUUUGUCUUGCUGAAGGGACCACAGGAAAAAAUGUUAGGAAACUCUGGAUAGGCCAAGUAAAAUAACACACCAUAGAAAUGAAGGUGCAAGGAGCUGUUUUCUUGUCCAGACACACAAGGUGUAUAUCACAGAAUGUAUGUUAAAUUUUACUAAUAUUUUACGCAAGAAAAAAAAUCUUCCAUAUCUAACCAAUACUUUAAUAGGUGCUUUUCUGUAGAAGUUAUCUGAUGAUUGGCUACAUGGCAACGAUACACUAUGCUUGCUGCAUGUUUUAACCAUUUAUAUGAUCAAGCUAGGUUACAUUUUGAGUUGAGUGUCACUGAGCCAUCAUAUAAACACCCACUCUAAAACCUUCUAGAGAUCUUAAAGAAGCCAAAGGACACCAGCUCUUUAAAACUGGCAUUUAACUUUCUUGAAGGUGGUAAAGUUGUUACAAUUUUGCAUUGGGUGAAAGAGCUUUUUGUCUGAUGAAAAUGCAAGCUGUUAAAAUAGGCAAUUAUACUUCUGAGUGAAAAAGGAAAAACGUGCAAGUUUUUAAAACCAUGAUCCCUUGAUAUGACGAAAGAAUGAUAUGAUGGCAGAACAUUAUAGCAGGCAAGGAAGGUCUGAUUCAUUGCUCUAUUACAUCAAGUUUAUAUUAACUUCUACACUGCAAUAAUGAAAUCAUGAAUCAGGUAUGGAGCGCUCAGCAUAACACACUUAAUUUACCUGCCAUUGCCUUAUAGAUGGGGUUUGCUAAGCUGCCCGAGGGAGUCUGGCAUGCAAAUUCCAUAGGAAGUCAAUGGAAUCUGGGCAUCUAUUUCCUUUAGGUUCCUUUGAAAAUCCCAGCACAUACAAAUACAACAAUGGCCAUCAUUUAAAAAAUGGAUCCUUAUUACUACCUAGUGGAGUACUGUGUGCGCGGUAUCUGCCAUUCUAAAUAUACAGGUCAAUACUGCAGUGAGGGCAAGCCUCCCUUUAUUUAACAGAGCCCACAUUACCUUCCGCUAGACAAACAAGCUCAGUGAUCAGUCAGAAUCACCACCUCCGAAUGGAGUCAUUUAUUUCACAGAAAAACUUCAGGACGAGUGAAAUUGCAGUCUGUAUGUGGCAGAGUCUUGAAACAAGUUGGGACUUUCAUUCUCCUCCACUAUCCCCCAGUUCACUAGUGGGUAAAAUAUACCACUGUGCAGAGGGUCAGCACAAUGUAUAGUCCUUUUUAGCCCUCACAAUAAUGCUCUUGUGGGACUGAAGCAGUGUGUAGGCCUUGUCCUGCCCCUUGUUUGCUGACUCUGUUUUAUUGGUGAAAUAUAUUUGCUUAGAAAUAACAUGUAGUAGCAGUUUCUUGGUUGGUGGUGUAAGGCUUUUUUAUUGAUCUUUUCUAAAAAUAAUACUGUGACAUUUCAGCACAUUCACUGCCUUCGCUGAACAAAUGAUCUUGCUUUGUGUAUAGCCGUUAAAAAACCAUACGGAGAGCGCCCACAAGAGGCAAAACCGUGUGUUUGUAGUUUGGCUUUGUACUGUAAUACAGAAUCGCAACGUAAUGUAGUCAUAAAGGGAAGUCUCCUUCACUCCUGUCCGCUCUUCACAUAUAGUCAGUGCAUUCAUCCUAACAAGGGGAGAGCUGGGUGUCUCCCAACACUUCCUCAGGAUGAAGCCUGAUAACACUAGUGAGUUACAGGAAGUAACCAGACCCACGUCUUGAAAAAGAUUAAAAUUGCUUAGUGAUGGUGAUGUAUUGUCAAAGGCAGAACGUCCUAACUAGUGUAAUUUCAGAGAGCAAAUCUUUCAAACUGGAUUCUUCUAGCACUUCAGUAUAAAAUCUCAAACCCAGGACACUGUAGGAAAUCUUCACUAUUAGCAAAGUUGGCGCCCACCCCCAUAAUAAUAAUAAACCACUGGUAAAGCUUGCACCUGUAAAUUGUUCCCAGCGGGCAGACUCCUGCAUCCACUGAGCCACACUGAAUUCAGUGGAGCUCCUUGAAGGAUCAGGGUCUUCAGGUGUUACUAAGGGCCCUCAGAGUAAUCUUUCUGGGAACCCUGAGGCCUGGACUUGCAUGUCUCCUGUGCUAAGAGGAGACACCCUAGUAUUUAAAGCACUCUCCCAUAAUUCCUUGGACAUAAAAUACUGCACUAGGGCUCUUGGCUUUCCGGGUGUGAGCCAGACAGUCCUAAGGAGCACCCAAGAGUCACAUAAAUAUCCUUUUGGGCCCAUGCCAUUGCUACAGGAAGAAUUGGAUCCAUGAUCUUUCCACGAGCAUCAAUGUGCCAAAUAUCCGUUUCUCACAGGACUGACUUCCUCAGCCUGUUUGAGUGCAAUGUCAGUAAAAGCAUUCGCCUAUUUAUACCAGUACCAGCAGGGAGGACAAUCGUUCCCUUAAAUGAGGGCCCGAUUCAUCUCCCAUUAAAGUCAAUGGCAAAACUCUUACUGAUUGCAGUGACAAUUGGGUUAGGCCCUUAGUGCAGCUUUGGGUACAAAUACAGUCCACUCACAUGGGGCUUGAGGUGCAUUCUUCAAAGCACAAUGGGGAGUUUGCCUGAGCCACUCCCUUCCCUCUUGUAUUUUGUUGGAUGUAGGUGGAGGUCAUUGAGCCCAGGGGACGUUUAGCUCUCUGCCUGGGUUCCAGCAGGAUGCUUAGGGUACGGCUACACUGUAAACAAACAAAACCCAAACCCAUGGCAGAGAAUCUCCAAGCCUGGGUCAACUAACUCAAGCUCACAGAGCGUGUGCUACAGGGCUAAGAAGAGUAGGAUAAGCAUUUCGGCUCAGGCUGGAGUCUGGGCUCCGAGACUCUCCCCCCCACUCUGGGCUUCAGAGGCUGGGCUACAGCUUGAGCCCAAUGGUCUUCACUGCGAUUUUUAGCCCCAUAGUGCAAGCCUGAGUCAGCUGACCCUGGCUCUGAGACUUGCUGCUGUGGGCCUUUCUUUGCAGUGUAAACAGAAGCGUACUCCAAGGUGCUAGAUGAUGGAUGGCUAACUCCUAGGCCAGGGGUAGUCCAUUAUUUUUUGUCAAGUUCCACAUGCCAGAAAAACAUUUUUCACACCACAAUAACAAUGAUAAUAAGUAAAAAACAAAAAGAUGUUGGGGUCCAUUCAAAAGCAUCUAAUGAUCUGGAUUUGGUCUGCCUAUUGACUAUCCAUCCUAGGCUGUCUUCGCUGCAGGCUCCAAAAUAGACUCAUUCCCGAUGUGGGAAUGUUUAGCAUCUGGCUAAGCCUUUGCCUAUAUUUCUCCACAACAGUCCAGUGUUCUUUCUUCCUGUGUAGAGUGCUUGGAUAUUCUAAGUCUCUUGUCGCUUAAACACAUGCAUUUGGAAAGUGGUCAGUCUCCCAACUCUAUUUAAUCUACACAGAGGCACUAUUCAAACCACCAGUGAUCUCUGUAUAUAUUGCUACCAUAGGGGCUACUUUCUAGGCUACUUAAUGGAAGCUCAUCUGUCAGCCCUGCCAUCUACAAUGACAGCUCUAUGGCCCUGGUUCAGCAAAGCACUUUAGCAUGUGCUUGGAUGAAUAAGGAUGGGAUUACUCCUGUAGUUAAAGUUAAGCAGCUGCUUAAGUGCUUUGCUGAACAGAGACAGACUUAUCAUGUGCUAGAGUGCUUUGCUGGUUUGGGGCCUCAUUUAUACAGUCCGUUCAAGUUAUCUGACUCCCAGAGGGAAGGAAGGUUACAAUAUAUAGCCCUGCAUGGAACAGAACAUCAGGCUUCUGCUGAGUUGGAAUCAAAGCAUUUCAUAUUCUUGCAGUUUUGAUCGCAGCUUUCUCCCUUUUUACAAGCUGAUAUUCAUUGGGUUUGUAACCACUGACCGCUAGAGAAUUUUCUUUACGGUGUUUAUCAUGAUUGAAAUCUUGAUCUACAGCAACACACUUAAAAAUAAUGAAAUAGAUAAUUUUAUAAGCUGAUUCAGGAGCCAAAAGCCCUUUCUAUUUACCAAGUGUAAUGACGGUGCAAAGCCAGACUGUUUGCUCCAAAAGGUGGCAUAGUGUUUGGGACCUGACUCAGGCACCUUGAAUGAGACAGCAAGUUAUUGUACUGAUAAACUCUACAAAACUUUUGCUAGACAUACCUAAUUAUAUAUUUUCUCCACGAGUUUUUAUGAGGGAAUGUUUUUUAAUGUUCAUUUUACAAUGUUUACCUUGAAAAGCCCAUCUUUUGUUACACGCGAGUAGCAUUGGGCGGGGGGCGGGGGGGGAAUAAUCAUUAUGGCUAAUACAACUUUUGUAAUGUCAUCAAAAUUGAGAGGUAACAAAUAUGGACUUUUCCAGCAUCACUAGAGUCUAAACUCAUAUUGCAGUGCAUGCCACUGUGGAAUUUCAAUCAGUGCUAAUCUAUCACUUAUUGGGGGGAGAGGGAUAGCUCAGUGGUUUGAGCAUUUGAGCAGGAUUGUGAGUUCAAUCCUUGAAGGGGCCAUUUAGGGAUCAGGGCAAAAACUGGGGAUUGGUCCUGCUUUGAGCAGGGGGUUGGACUAGAUGACCUCCUGAGGUCCCUUCCAACCCUGAUAGUCUAUGAUUCUAUGAUACCAGUCAAAACCUUUGAAACACAGAAAAGUUGGUAAUCGGGUCGAAUUGCCUUAGCUUUGAGAGGGUUUGCCCUGUACAGUAUAUGCAUUCCACAUGAAACUUGGCAUUGUGUUCACGUGCGUAGGCACGCAAACCUAUUUCAAUGUAUAUAUAAAUACAUACAAAUAUAUAUGUGACUAUGUGUGUAUACAAUAUAAAAACAUGGCUAUGUUGUCAAAUAUUACAUAACAGAAAAAGGACUAGACAAUUUUUUGUUUUAAAUAUUUUAAAGUGUGAACUGUGUUUGAGAUUAUUUUUCUGUGUAUAUAAAGAUAUUUUUAGGACCUAACUUAAGUGCAUAAAAAGGUGUAGUAGAAAUAUGUUAAACUAGCAUAGUUGUUUGACACAGUAAUUAGAAGAGGUUCUGCUGAGCUUGCAGCUUAAUUCCUUGCACUUUUUUAAAGCUGUAAAAUACGUAGUUAGCAAUAAAUUCUAGGACCUCAAAACAUCAAGCAAGUAAAAGGGAAUUGUUACGUGACCAGCGAUCUGAUGGCACUAACAGCCAGCAGUUCUUGAAGGUUGUAAUGGGCACAGAUGAGAAUGGUAGCAUCAUAUGCAAGAGAAGAAAUAUGGUCAGAGCCUAAGAAAAUAGAUUGGAAACUAAAGAGUAGUUUUCCCCAGAGAUUUGUGGUCAGUCUGCACUACAAAAGCUAAAGGAUUUGAGUUGCAGCCUUAGCUCCGCUAAAGUCUGAUCUUUCACCAUUUAUUAAUCAAAAAUUGUCCAGGGAAGCUCUUCUUUCGUCGGUGUCACAGAUCCAGCAUGACUGGGGUAGAAAGCACUAUUACCACCCACUUUUUCUGUAGCAUUUUGACCACGGGCUUGUUGCAAACUUCCCAAGUAAUGACUAGCCACUGCAGCUGGGCUUUUUAAUCUGCUGUUCAUUUGCUUUCACUUCAGUCAUUUUAGUGCUGGUGAAAGAUGUUUAAUCACAGUAUUUUAACCCUUUCUAAGCUGCUACUUUGGGCUUUUCUAUCUGACGCGCUGGUGUGCAGCAAGCUGGGGUGUAAAACUACAGCACACUAAGGUGCUGUGCACCGAUUGUCCGUGCUAGUGCACACUACAGCUUCCUAGUGUGCUUUGACUGACUCCCCUUUUGGUAGCAUCUGAGGACUCCUUCAGUACGUUCGCCGCACAGUGCCAGUUCAGCUGUGGUCAUCCAGGCAGGACUCAUGGGAUGCUAUCACUAGAUUUCCACCGUGCAUAAAGUCUUGUUUCCUGAAUCAGGCAUAGGUGCUGGUGUUUUCAGAACAACCCCACAGCAGUCUCAUUUUGUGGUGCACAGAGCACCAACAAUGAAAUUUACUCCUGGGCUGAAGCCCAGCACAAGGUCCAUACAUCACUGGCAUCCAGUUUCAGUGGGGCAUAAGCCUGCGCUAAUUCACUGCAUAUGGAUGCAUUGGCAUCGUUGUGGAAAAUUAACCAUGUGUUGUGUUUGGAUCAGAACAACCUGAAGCUACCGUUAUUCAAGCAUGCGCAUGCAGGGAGAGUCAGCCAGCCUAGCUGCUCUACCCAAACAGGAAUACACAGAAGUUUAUCUAGCUUACAGGCAAUAUUCAAUUACUCACAUUUCCACAUUAGUAUUUUUCCAAACCUUGGCAGUCUAAUACCUUAUUAGGAAUAGAGCCAAAAACAAGCUUUUCCUGUUGUUGACAGGUUAUUCUUUUGCGGUUAACAGUUCUCCUAAUCCUAGCUGCUAUAGUUACAUUUCUUAAGCUGGGCUGUUGCAAUUGCUUUACAAUGGAAUUUUCCUCACUUUCUUCUCAUGCCUUCUGACCACAUACACCGUUAGCUUGACCAAAAAUUAGGCCUAUCCAAUUUUUCCUGUACAGCAUCCUUAUUAAUUGAUGAAAUUACAGGUCAACCCUCUCUUGCCUUGAAAAAAUGCAUCUUCUUGUGAGGCCAGUUGGCCCAGUAGAAAGACAGGUUUUGGUUGAAUGUGAGAUAAUUUGCUGUUUUCCUACUGUGGCUACUAUUUAAAUAUCAGCAUUAUGAAAGGAAAUACAGUGUAUCUGUAAUGUUAAAAGUUCUUCCCCAACUAGUUUACAGUUCACAAAGGAUUAGAUGCUUUUUAGAAUGCUAAUUCAUGAUUAAUAGGUUUUGUAGAAUACCCUAUUCCUUUCUUCAGUUAACUGGAAAAGGAAUUUAGCUCUAAAACCUUUACAGACUUUAUCAUGGGUACUUUUUACUUCGUGUUGGUAGGUUAUUGAAAAAGACAAUCCAUAGUAUUUUUACAUAAAAUGGGGAACACCCUCUUGCUGGUUGUGUUGUUACUUGCUAGUACACUUGUGGACACGUAAAUGGUAUUGUUUAGUUUCCUUUAAAAAAAAAGUAUUGUACUGUUCAUCAGAGCCUACAAAUUCAUAAGGCAUUAUAAAAUACUUGUGCUACCUGUCUUUGUCUUAGAUCUGGUUAAACAGGGAAGUUAAUUUUUUUUUCUCAGAAAAAUACAUUUGUACUGUUAAUUUAGGUAUCUUUAUCCAUUCCAUGCUUUUUUUUUUUUCAACUGGUCAUCGUAGGUAAUAAUGGAAAAUACAUAAUUAAGACACCACUGUUCCUUUAUAUUAUGAAAAUCUCAAACAUGCUUGGAUGAACAUUUUUGAAUCUGCUGUUUCCUUUGCUCCACUUGUUUAAGUUAUUCCAUUUAUGAACGAGGUCAAAGAAGAGUUUUUAGUAUUCCUUUUGUACAAAUUACACCCACUUCCACUACUGUAUUCAGUGAGAUUAACACUGCAAAUAAGUUUCUAUUCUUGUUUUUUGUUUGACAAAUUACUGUACGUAUGUACGUGAAAUUAUGCAAGAAUAAACCUAAUUUUUUUAACAAUGAA